AUGUCUGAAUUAGAAUCAGAAGUUCCUCAGCCUUCGUCUUCCCCACCCAACUGCCUCCAAGGACUAGAGCCUAAGCUUCUCCACCACCAGAAGCUAGACAAAGACCUUGAAGAUAUCCGGCACAUGGUUACCAAUAAUACAAGGCCAACUGUCAAGGAAAUCCGUCGCAGCCAGCCUGGAAAGCGCAGACUUCUUUGGCAGCUUUCUCGUCUAUCCAUCCACAACGAUAUCUUGUAUCGCACGAAAAUGGACGAGAAACGAUCAGUUAAGCUCUACCAAGCCAUAGUCCCAGAAAGCUUAGUGCAAGAAGUUUUGAAGCUUCUUCAUGGUCACCCAACUUCAGGACACUUUAGUGCAGAACGGACUCUCGAACGAGCGAAGUCAUCCUACUUCUGGCCCUACAUACAUAGAGAUGUCCUUGAUUUCUGCGAGAAAUGCAGGGCAUGUGAGACGAUUAGAUCACCUCAUCCCAGCAACCACGCUCCCCUCAAGAACAGACUCAAACCGUACCGGGUCUUGUCAUCCGCCACCAACCACACCCAUAGAAUCGUACACAAGAACAGACUCAAACCCUACCGAUCCGAGUGGACUCCACAUACCAGAGUUGACGUCCGAUCAUCUAACACGGACGUUCCCCCUACCUUCACAUGCAGUCAGGAACACCGUCCUUACUUCACCCCUCUGUCUGGUUCCCUACCAUUUAGGGACCAGUCAGGGAAUGCUACCCCCCUUCUUCCAGUAAAUAACCCACCACCUGGGUUACUUGUUCCACCAUCGCCAAUUCAGGGACCAGCUGGGCUUCUGCCAACACCCCCGGGACUACCUCCACCACCCCUGGGACUACCUCUACCACCCCCAGGACUACAGCCACCACCCCCAGGACCCCCAGGACCCCCAGGACUUCCUCAACGACCCCCUAGACGGCCAAACCAAACUCAAACCAGAUCUGGACGGGCUGUCGUCAAACCGACGAGAUAUGAUGAUUUUGUGUAA